AUGCCCUCCUUAGGCACACCCACUUUUUCAUUUUUUGGAAUACUGCAUGUCUUUUGCUCUCAUGAAACUUGCACACCUUGUACAGCUGAAUAUAUUCAACUCUACAUGAGGGUGAUCGACUGGUGCAAUGAGGAUGUCAGGCUGGGGAAAAGAUUUGAGUAUUCAUGGGAGCAGAUUCCCAGGAGAUCCAUAGCUUGUGUACAAAUAUGCUUGGCAUAUUCUGCUGAAACAGCAGCACUUAGUGCCUUGACCUCUCUUUGUUUUCACCUCUGUCAAAUUACCAAUACAUACUUGGAGAUACCUUGUCAGUUCUCCUCUACUGCCACCUGCUGGUACCUUAAAGGUAAAGGGAUCCCUGACCGUUAG